UUUCCGGACCAAAGGAGGGAAAACGAACGUAUCCAACUCUCUCACUACAGUUCAUAUUUAUCCUCUACAAACCGCAUAGGAUAACUCUGUGGCCGGAGCGUGAGCACGCGCCACCGUCUCCCCGAAAACAAAACACAAACCAACCCAGAACGUGAAUCAAAGUUCAUAGAUGCUGGAGAGCUUGGUUUUUAGAAAGAAACCAUGGCAGAGUACUGGGUCGAAAUCCAAAUCCCGCAACAGAAGCUCUACAACGGAAUUCAGUUUCCAUCAGUGUUGUCUCCGAGCUCCACAGCCCCGCCCUCCUCUCUCUCCGUCCUUACCAAAACAAUCCAAACUCAGAAGCUAUAUCUUCAGUCUCUGCUCCACGAAUCCGGAGCUUUACUCUUGAGGGGUUUCCCUGUAAGUACGGCCUCCGAUUUCAACGACGUGGUCGAGGCUUUCGGCUUCGAGGAGUUCCCUUACGUUGGGGGCGCGGCGCCACGGACCAACGUCGUGGGUAGGGUCUUUACGGCCAACGAGUCCCCACCAGACCAGAAAAUCCCGUUUCACCACGAAAUGGCUCAGGUGCCUGAGUUUCCAGCAAAGGUGUUUUUCUUCUGUGAAAUAGAGCCUGCAAAUGGGGGAGAGACCCCUUUUGUUCUAAGUCACAUUGUGUAUGAAAGAAUGAGAGCGAAGUACCUAGAAUUUGUUGAGAGAUUGGAGGAACAUGGUUUAAUAUAUACAAGGAUCUUAGGGGAAGGUGAUGACCCUUCUUCUCCCAUUGGCCGGGGAUGGCAGUCUACCUUUUUGACCAAAGACAAGACUGUUGCUCAGCAAAGGGCUGCAAAACUGGGCAUGAAAUUGGAAUGGUUGGAAGAUGGUGUAAAAACAGUGAUGGGUCCAAUCCCAGCUGUAAAAUUUGACAAGAUAAGACAGCGCAAGAUUUGGUUCAAUAGUAUGGUUGCUGCAUAUACAGGGUGGGAGGAUGCAAGAAAUGAUCCUUUGAAGGCUGUCACUUUUGGUGAUGGGAAGCCAUUGCCAUCUGAUGUUAUCUAUGACUGUCUCAAAAUACUUGAAGAGGAAUCUGUUGCCAUUCCAUGGCAGAAAGGUGAUGUUCUAUUGUUGGAUAACUUUGCCGUCCUUCACUCCCGAAGAUCUUUCACCCCACCUCGCCGUGUGCUAGCCUCACUUACCAAGUAGCUUACUUAUCAUUAUUAUUACACUGUUUUAUAUAAGUUUGUAUGUACGUGGAUAAGCAGGGUUUGUACAAUGAUCAAGAGCUCCAGUGAUAAAAUCUUCACACGUGAAUGUAUUUGAUGGUAUGAAUCUUUGAAUAAACUCUUCUCAUGAAUGUUGGGAUA